AUGUAUCUCAAAAACCUCAUACUUCUCGUGGCUCUUCUAUCCACACCUAUAGCGGCGGCAUUAACCUACAAAGGCGUCGACUGGUCUUCCCUACUCGUCGAAGAAAAGGCUGGCAAAUCUUACAAAACUACCUCAGGAACUGUCCAACCCCUCGAAACAAUCCUAAAGUCCUCCGGCGUGAACACAGUCCGCCAACGCAUCUGGGUCAACCCGUCUGACGGCAACUACAACCUCGACUACAAUAUCAAACUCGCUCAACGCGCAAAAGCCGCUGGCCUGCAAAUCUACCUUGAUUUCCACUACAGCGACACUUGGGCUGAUCCAGGGCAUCAAGCUACACCGGCUGCGUGGAAGAGCUUAGCGAAAGAUGCGUUAGUGAAGCAGGUGUAUGAUUAUACGAAGACCGUAAUGGAUACGUUCCAGAAAAACGGAAUUCCUUUAUCACUCGUUAGCAUCGGGAAUGAGAUCACAACCGGGCUUCUUUUUCCAAUUGGGCAGCUCAGUAAAUCCGAUGGUUACAAAAACGCAGCCGCGUUACUGCAUUCCGCGUCCAGCGCUAUUAAAGACUCGACGAUAAGCCCGAAGCCAAAGAUCAUGAUUCACCUCGAUAAUGGGUGGAAUUGGGGGACCCAGCAGAGCUGGUACGAUAAGAUCCUGGCCUCAGGUGGGGGUCUGACAACCGCGGAUUUCGAUGUCCAGGGCGUAUCGUACUACCCCUUUUACAACUCCGCAGCGACCUUAUCCUCGCUCGCUUCCUCGCUUGCCAACAUGGCGAAGAAAUAUAAUAAAGAAGUCCAAGUCGUGGAAACGGAUUGGCCGACCUAUUGUCCUAGUCCGGCGUACGCGUUUCCGGCUGAUGCAAAAGCGAUUCCCCUUUCAGUGGACGGGCAAACUACAUGGAUGAAGACGGUUGCGGAGAAGGUGAAGGGGAUAGGGAGUUUAGGUACAGGGUUGUUUUAUUGGGAACCUGCUUGGAUUGAUAAUGCGGGGUUGGGGAGUAGUUGUCCGUAUAAUUUGAUGGUUAGUGAUUCAGGGGCAGCAAUGGCGAGUUUAGCAGUUUUUGGGAGCAUAUAG